AGAUUACGUUGAGCGGCCAUCUUGGCAGGCACAGAUUUCAGGUAAAAAAACAUGGACGUUAGAACCAGCUCCUGAAUGUGAGGGAAUCUGCCACGCUUUGAGUGCUACUGUAGAAAAAGGAGAUAUCUUUGUGAUAGAUACUAAUAUUUGGUAUCAUUCAACGUUUAUUCACCCUGGAGAAGUGAGUUUAACGAUUGGUUCCGAAUACGAUUAAAUACGUCAACAUGAUUCGUUAUAAAAUAAGUGAAAUAUUCAAAUGGAAUUAAUCAACCAUAUCUUCUUUAAAGUGCUUUUUAUACAGUUGUCUUCAAAACCAAUAGAAUAACUUGAUCAAUUUUAGGACUUCGUUAGUUUUCUCUGAAUACGAUUAAAUAUAACGAUGCUUGAAUAUAUCAACACGAUGCGAUAAAAUUUUGGAAUGAAAAUAUUCAACAAGAUCUUCUUAAAAGUGCUUUUCAUACAGUAGUCUUCUUAACCAAUACAAAAAGUUGGCCAUCAGAAUACAUAAUGUGGUACUGUUCAGUUUUAAGUUCAAAUACCAAAAUAGUCCUUUUUAUGUAAUCCAAAUUAUUAAAAUACGUGUAAAAUAAACAGAGGAGGUGAUGGUGUUAUAACAUAAUACAUUGCUUGACUUUGCUGAAAUUUAGAUAUUUUUUUGAGAAACUGGAGCCUAAUAGUGAACUGUGGGCAAUGGUGUAACAACAACUGGUUUCGUUUCGUACAUUAUGUGCCUGAGGACGAAGGGAGAAAACACAUCUUAAACUUGUAUCAAAUUUUAACCAGUGAUUGGUUGUUCUAUAAAGCUGUGUCUAUAUAUCAUACUUACAAUUGCUUGUGACUUGCAAUUAAAGAUUUCAAUGGUGAAAUGUGGACAAUGGUGUAACAUCAUGGUUGUGGGAUUUUCAACGUUCAUUUUCAGUAUAUGAUUUUAAAAGUGUCUUCAUCAUUCCAAAGAGUGUUGUUUUGUGAUGGAUGUCAGUGAGGCAGUGUCAAAAAAACUUUUACACUUCCUGGAAUUUUCCAAAGAGGAUUUCAAUAUUAGGUGUUAUUUUAAGUCUGGCGCACGUGAGUCAAUAGCUCAGCCAGUUGCCACGAGUAACUGAAAUCUCAAUGUGUGCAGAUGUAAUAGCUGUAAUAAAAGCUAAUGCCUAUGGUCAUGGAAGUGUAGAAAUUGCCAAACAUCUAGAAAAUAAUGGAGUAUCACACUUCGCUAUAGCAACAGCUGGUGAAGGUGGAGAAUUGAGGAGAAAUGGUGUUAAGGGAUUUAUACAGGUGUUUGGAAGCUGUGUGAAGGAAGAUAUUGCAGUGUGUCAAGAAUUCCAUCUGACGCCAACUGUCUGCUGUCAGGAAUUCCUGCAACAUUGGUCAGACUGGUUCCACAAUAAUAACAACCAUUCCUCGUCUCAGGAGAAACCAUGGGUAGUAAUAAAAGUUGAUUGUGGAAUGUGUAGAAAUGGAUGUCAACCAGAACAACUUCCAGAAUUAAUACAGAAAUGUAAAGAUUUGCAUAUUCCAAUUCACAGUGCAAUGACCCAUUUCAGUCAGGCGUGGGACGAUCCAGAGUUUACUAAGAAACAACUUGAUUUAUUUUUGCAGACCUGCCGCCAUCUUAGAUCUGAAGGUGUAAAACUCCAUGCUAGUAAUUCAGCUGGGAUAAUACAAGGGUUUGGUAUUGAGUUAGAUUUUAUACGUCCUGGUAUAGCUAUAUAUGGUCUACCUACUGAUCCCAGUGAAGAAACAGUUAAUAAAUUUCAAUCUAUAGGUUUAAAACCAGCGUUAUCCUGGCUAGCUAAACCCUCGUUAGUCAAAAAAUUACCGCCAGGCUCGGUUGUCGGGUAUGAUCAAACUUAUCAAUGCAAAAAAGAAGAAAUCAUUGGAACAUUCAGUAUUGGAUACGCUGAUGGUUACAAUAGACAUCUCUCAACCAAUGGAAUGAUCUCAAAUAUAUCAGGUGACCAGUAUCCAGUCAUUGGUCGUGUUUCCAUGGAUGCUAUUACUGUAAGACUGGAUAGUCUGGACUCAAAUCAAGUAUACUAUAUAAUGAAGGAUGAUUAUGUGUCUGGACAUUCUUUAACAAAAAUUGCAGCCGAAUUGAAAACUAUUCCGUAUGAAAUUGGGACCAGCUUGAGUAAGCGUCUGCCACGAGUUUAUAUUUCUGGUGGGAAAGUUGUUGCUGUUUCAAAUGGAUUUUAA